UCGCUUGCCUGUUUGCAGUUAUUCCUGCAAGAAACAGUAAAAGGCGGCGUUGUGGUCUAGGGUCAGAGCGUGGGUACAGCGAGCAAAUCGCAAACCCGUUUGGAAAUCUUGGAAGGAGGAAAUGGGGGAAAUGGAAAAUGAACAUUUAGCUGGAUUCCUGUAGUAAAACUUUAUGCGCCUUUAAGCUCAGAAGCUAAGAAGCCUCGAGGUUUUAAUGUAAUACAGCCGCCGCCGCGAGAGAGAGGCAGGAAAGUCAGCACAGAGGUUGCAAGGAAGGGGAAAUAAUUCCUCACCUUGUAGAUCGAAAUGCAUAAAAACCAUCUGCUUGAGCACAAUGAAAUCAUUAGGCAGUGACCAAUUCAGGAGUUGCGUUGAAUGCUUUCGCCUUCCAGACAGGAAAUGUGCAGAGAAGGGAUUGUUGCAAUAAAUUCAAACAACUCGAGUCAUCCGCACGUUUGAUGAGCUUUGGUAUUUUUAAAAAGAAAACCAACCCUGAACCGACUAUAGAAAUCGGGACAGAGGGAGACAUCCUCCCCCGCACUUGUUUCCUGGAAGGGACGAAAAUUUCGUUUUCUUCGCAAUGCGCUGAACUGAUUUUGCACUGAACUUUACUGGCGCAAAGCUACUGGGAUUUCUGGUUAUUAAAAACCAGAACCCAACGACAAGGCACGGCAGGGUGAAUUCAUUGCGAGGAAUUCCUUUUGAUUUCCUGUAUCUCCCAAAUGUACUUUUGGGACCCUUGUCUUUUUCUUUUUUGUUGUAUUUAGUGAAACGGGGAGGUUGGGAACUUUCUUUUUUCUUCUAUUGUUUUAAAUUAUAUAAAUCAGUUCUCUUUUUUUGUGCUCAGGCUAGUAACCCGGAAAGGACACCUGUUUUAAUUUGCAGCUGGAAAAAGUAAGAUAAGGGUAGGAUUCUUUUCCCUCUAUGAAAUGUGAAUCAUGAUGUGUUUUUGUUUCUGUGGAUAACUGGAGAUUUUGGGGAAUAGUCAGUUUUGGAAUGGUGGUAAGGCCUCAGUGAGAUCUCUCAGCUCUAUAUCCAGACAUCACUUAGUUUUCCAUCCAGGGAAGACCAUUUCCCUUGUGGCCCUGUCAAGAAAAGAGACUCCAAUGGACUUACACCGGGCAGCUUUCAAGAUGGAAAACUCCUCCUACCUUCCCAAUCCUCUGGCAUCUCCAGCUUUGAUGGUUUUGGCUUCCACUGCUGAAGCCAGCCGUGAUGCUUCCAUCCCCUGCCAGCAGCCAAGGCCCUUUGGAGUCCCUGUGUCAGUGGACAAGGAUGUGCACAUCCCGUUCACCAAUGGCUCCUAUACUUUUGCCUCUAUGUAUCACCGACAAGGUGGGGUGCCUGGAGCAUUCACCAACCGUGAUUUUCCACCUUCGUUGCUGCAUCUUCAUCCUCAGUUUGCGCCCCCUAAUCUGGACUGUACCCCAAUCAGCAUGCUGAACCACAGUGGUGUUGGGGCCUUCCGUCCCUUUGCUUCCACUGAGGACCGGGAGAGUUAUCAGUCAGCUUUUACACCUGCCAAGCGCCUGAAGAACUGUCAUGAUACCGACUCUCCCCACCUUCGCUUCUCAGAUGCUGAUGGCAAGGAGUAUGAAUUUGGAGCCCAGCUCCCAUCUGGCUCUCCCGGCUCCCUCAAAAUUGAUGACACUGGAAAAAAGAUCUUUGCUGUCUCUGGCCUCAUUUCAGACCGGGAGACUUCAUCCAGUCCUGAGGACCGAAACGAUAGAUAUAGAAGCGACAGCCAAGGAGGGCCACCAGUGUCUGCGGGGGCCAGCCAGCGCAUGGCGUUAACUUUCCCCCUCUGCAAGAAGAAGGCAACACUCUUUGACAGCCAGGCUCCUAUCUGCCCUAUUUGUCAGGUCUUGCUUCGCCCAGGUGAGCUGCAGGAGCAUAUGGAGCAGGAGCUGGAGAAAUUAACACAGCUGAACAUCAGUAAGAAUGCUAUACUGAAGGAUGUCAUGGCCCCAGGCACUCCCAAGUCGAUUUUGUUGUCAGCCUCCAUCAAGCGGGAAGGAGAUUCUCCAACAGCAUCACCUCAUUCCUCAGAUGAUAUUCAUCACUCUGACAGAUACCAGACCUUUUUGCGAGUAAGGGCAAACAGACAGACUCGGCUGAAUGCUCGGAUUGGAAAAAUGAAAAGGAGGAAGCAAGACGAAGGACAGGUAUGUCCCCUCUGCAGCCAGCCUCUCUCAGGAUCCGAGGAGGAGAGGAGUGGGCAUGUCGAACAAUGCCUUGCAAAGAGGGAAGGGUCAUGCAUGAUGGAGGACGACCCUGUUGACAUUGAGAAUGAGAACGGUAAUCGCUUUGAAGAAUAUGAAUGGUGUGGGCAGAAGAGAAUACGUGCUACCACCCUCCUUGAAGGAGGGUUCAGAGGAUCUGGGUUUGUCAUGUGCAGUGGCAAGGAGAAUCCAGACAGCGAUGCUGACCUUGAUGUGGAUGGUGAUGACACACUGGAAUAUGGAAAACCACAGUACACUGAAGCAGAUAUAAUUCCAUGCACUGGGGAAGAACCAGGUGAAGCCAAAGAGAGAGAGGCACUCCGAGGUGCAGUCCUAAAUGGUGGCACUCCUAGUACCCGAAUAACACCGGAAUUCUCUAAAUGGGCAAGUGAUGAAAUGCCAUCAACAAGUAAUGGGGAGAGUAGUAAACAAGAGCCUGUGCAAAAGACUUGCAAGAAUAGUGACAUAGAGAAGAUUACAGAAGACUCGGCAGUGACAACAUUUGAGGCGCUAAAGGCUCGUGUUCGUGAAUUAGAAAGGCAGCUCUCCCGUGGGGACCGCUAUAAAUGUCUCAUUUGCAUGGACUCAUAUAUGAUGCCCCUGACCUCCAUCCAGUGCUGGCAUGUGCACUGUGAGGAAUGUUGGCUGCGGACUCUGGGUGCUAAGAAGCUGUGCCCUCAGUGCAAUACCAUCACCUCACCAGGGGACCUCAGGCGCAUCUACUUAUGAAAAAGAUGGCUGCUGAGACCAGGUUGCUUGAACCAUGGGGACUAGGGGAAAGGAGUGGCAGCAACACAGACACUUGAAACUAAAGACUCCAAAAGUGGACUAGAGGCUGAGGGAGCUGCACGAUGCCUCUGCUUCCGAACCUGUCACUGGUGCUGCCAACUCCACAAGAAGGCCAAACCAGAAUCCUUAUUGUGAUUCUUUUUUCUUUUUUUUACAAACUGCUGUUCCACGUCUGUCCCAUUUCUCCAAGAGUUGGGGUUCCAUUGUGGACAACUUACAAGCCUUUUCAGGGAAGCAUGAGAAGGUGCUGGAUCUUCCAUCGCAGGAACUGUCAGAACCUGUAACCUGCAUUCUCCUUCCCACCCUCUUUUUAUUUGUGGUGUUCUAGUGGAUUUUUUUAAUCAAAGAAAAAACCUAUACCUUCACACCCACAAAGGCAGAAUGAAGCACAUGUAAUAUAGACUAUAUGUUUACAAUGUUGUGUAUAAAUGGGAUAGACUCCAACAUUACAUACUAAUGUUUCCCUUUUUAUUUUUUCCUUUGGGGGGGUGUACUUUUUUUAAAAAAGAAGAGAAAAAAAUAAGCAGAGAACAUUAAACCCAUAUUUUUCUUGGUUCUGCAGAGUUUUUGCA